CUCUGCCUUGCAGGCUGCUAGAAGAGAUGUUUUUUACCUCCACUGUGCAUUUACCUGCUGCCAGACUGACAAAGAGCAGAAGAGAUGAUCAAGCACCAAACCAGAGCUACACAAAGCUGAAACAAUGGCCGUGCAGCUGAAUUUCCUCCCUCAAACCCUUGCUGAGCACGAGAGGUGUAUCACAUGCUCUCUGGAAGAUGUGUGCUGUCUUGCAAUUUAGAAAGUACUUUCUCUUUUAAAGUCCACGUUUUCUGUGCUUGGAAGUAACUAAAUGAAGACAAAGCAAACAAAGAGUGAAAGAUGAGGAAAUUGUAACGAACUGUUAAUCCAUCUGUAACCCAGUAAGCUAGUUAAGCCUGCACAUCAUCAGCUUUCCUGCUGGGAGGAAUGAAUUGAACUGACUCAGAACAUACCAAGGCUGACCUAAACUGAGUUUUUUUUCUAAACAUCAUGGGAGAGAUUAAAGUCUCUCCAGACUACAACUGGUUCAGAAGCACAGUUCCCCUUAAAAAGAUAAUAGUAGAUGAUGAUGACAGUAAAGUCUGGUCACUGUAUGAUGCAGGACCGAGGAGCAUUCGGUGCCCACUCAUCUUUCUCCCUCCUGUAAGUGGAACUGCAGAUGUGUUCUUCCAGCAAAUUCUGGCACUGACUGGAUGGGGUUACAGAGUUAUUGCUUUGCAGUAUCCAGUGUACUGGGAUCACCUCGAGUUCUGCGAUGGGUUCAGGAAACUGUUAGACCACCUUCAGCUAGAUAAAGUUCACCUUUUUGGAGCUUCCCUGGGAGGAUUUCUAGCUCAGAAAUUUGCAGAGUACACACACAAAUCUCCCAGAGUUCAGUCUCUGAUCUUGUGCAAUUCCUUUAGUGACACUUCUAUCUUCAAUCAGACAUGGACAGCAAACAGCUUUUGGCUGAUGCCUGCCUUUAUGCUGAAAAAAAUUGUCCUUGGGAAUUUUGCAUCUGGUCCUCUAGAUCCCGAGAUGGCCGACGGGAUUGACUUCAUGGUGGACAGGCUGGAGAGUCUGGGCCAGAGUGAGCUUGCUUCAAGACUUACCCUCAACUGCCAGAACUCCUAUGUAGAACCUCAUAAAAUUCGAGACAUCCCUGUAACCAUUAUGGAUGUGUUUGACCAAAGCGCGCUUUCAACUGAGGCAAAAGAAGAAAUGUAUAAGCUUUACCCUAAUGCCAGAAGAGCUCAUCUCAAAACAGGAGGCAACUUCCCCUAUCUCUGCAGGAGUGCUGAGGUCAACCUCUAUAUUCAAAUCCAUUUGCUGCAGUUCCACGGCACCCGGUACGCAGCCAUCGAUCCCGCCAUGGUCAGUGCAGAAGAGCUGGAAGUCCAGAAGAUCAGCCUUCACACCAGCAACGAGCAAGAAGAGCAGUAGGUUUUGGAGUGCUGGUGGAAACAAGGCAUCAGUUUGGUGGUCUUCCUGUGUACAAUCAACUGUUCCCACUCUGCCUUUCUCCUAGUGUUAGCCGAUGAUCACUGUGUGAUUCCAACAGGGUCGAUGGUCAGUGAAGGACCCAGAGAUGCUUACCCAGCAGUGUGAUGGAAUAGAUCUGCUUCAUUUUUAGUCUUUGAAUUCAAGGAAACACAUUUGGAGACUACACUUAAAAAAA